CCCCGCUACCACAAGCAGGACAGAGGCCUGGGCAGAGGGAGGGAGAGAAGGAAGGAAGGAAGGAGCUCCAGCCCCUGCUCCUGCUCGCUCGGGGCGCCGCCCGCCCAGUGCCCGCCCGGUGCCCGCGGCGAUCCCGCCGCCGCCGCCCCCCCCCGCGCCGCGGGCUCGGCAGCGGAGCAGCGCCCGAGCGGAGGCAGAAGUUAACUUCCACCUGCCCUGAAGUCGCCGCUGCGCCGGCAGCAGGAGGCGGAGGCGGAGGCGGAGGCAGGCGGGGCAGCCGAGGACCCGGCUCUGGCAGGCUCCGAGGGUCCGGCCGAGUGUAAUUCCCCCCUAAUCCCCGCCACGGCGGCGCUUCCCUGGCCGAGCCAUGUCUGCGGCUUCCCCGCCAUGCCGAGCCUAGCGGGGAGCGGGAGGACUGGCGGCCGGGAGGCGCACAAAAUGAAGACCCUGAUGCGCCACGGGCUGGCCGUCUGCCUGGCGCUCACCACCAUGUGCACCAGCUUGUUGCUCAUGUACGGCGGCAUCGGCAUCGGCGGGGGCCACCCGGAGCCGCGGCGGCGGCAGCAGCAGGUGGCGGCGGUGCCCAGCCGCCCGCCCGAACGCGGCCAGCGCCACCCGGCUCUGCCCGUCGGGGCCGGCCUCCUGGAGGGCUACAUCAGCGUCCUGGAGCACAAGCCGCUGAGGAUGCACUGCAGGAGCUGCGCGCUGGUCACCAGCUCGGGGCAGCUCCUGGGGAGCCGGCAGGGCCGCAGGAUCGACGAGAGCGAGUGCGUGAUCCGCAUGAACGACGCGCCCACGCGCGGCUACGGCAACGACGUGGGCAACAAAACCAGCCUGCGGGUCAUCGCGCACUCCAGCAUCCAGAGGAUCCUCCGCAACCGCAACGAACUCUUAAACAUGAGCCACGGCGCCGUGUUCAUCUUCUGGGGCCCCAGCAGCUACAUGAGGAGAGAUGGCAAAGGCCUGGUGUACAAUAACCUGCAGCUGAUGAACCAGAUACUGCCUCAGUUAAAGGUGUACAUGAUUUCUCGCCACAAGAUGCUUCAGUUUGAUGACCUUUUUAAACGGGAGACUGGAAAAGACAGGAAGAUAUCCAACACUUGGCUUAGCACCGGCUGGUUCACAAUGACUAUCGCAUUAGAGCUCUGUGACAGGAUAAAUGUUUAUGGCAUGGUGCCACCGGAUUUCUGCAGGGAUCCUAAUCAUCUUUCAGUACCUUAUCACUACUACGAGCCUCUGGGGCCAGACGAGUGCACAAUGUACAUUUCCCACGAGCGGGGCCGCAAGGGCAGCCACCACCGCUUCCUCACCGAGAAGCGCGUCUUCGAGAACUGGGCUCGGACAUUCGACAUCCGCUUCUUCCAGCCCGACUGGGAGCCACAGCCGCUGCCUGGAGCCCAGCCCGAGGCCAGCCCGCUGGCCUGAGCACGGACACACAGACACACAGACCCAGCCCGCUGGCCUGAGCACGGACACAUGGACACACAGAGCCAGCCCGCUGGCCUGAGCACGGACACACGGACACACGGACACACAGAGCCAGCCCGCUGGCCUGAGCACGGACACACGGACACACGGACCCAGCCCGCUGGCCUGAGCACGGACACACGGACACACAGAGCCAGCCACGGCACCUCCCACAGGAGCCUCUGGGCUUUGGGCCAGAGGGCAGCCUGGAGGAGCAGGGUCCCAGGGUGUGCAGCUGGCACAGGCAGGAGCAGCAGGCAGGAAUGGCGUGGAGGAGCAGCACACACCCCCAGUACUUGCUGUUAAACUGUAUGAACCCAGUCUGUCACCUUUUGGGGCCAUCUGACGUCCUCUGUGUCUGUGAUUCAUGAAACACAAUCUGAGUGUCAUUAAGGGACCUUUAACUCAUUAUGGCUUUUUUAAGUGCGAUGUCACUGAAUUUUCAUAGUGAAAACUUUCCGUAUUUAUUUAAUGGUUUUUAUGCAACCUAGGCCAGUAUUUUUCUAAUUCACAGUUAUGUGGUUAUCUUUCAUAAUCUUUUAAAUCCAAAAUUAAUAUUGCUGAUGGUUUGAAGGGCCUAGCUUUUUAUUUAUAAAACUUGUUUGAAAUAUAUAAUUCUAUAUGGCAUGUAAUUAAUAUUUGAUCAAGAAAUGUUGGAUUUCUUCUAAGAAUUUUGGGCUCUGUUCCAGCCUAAAGCCUUUAACAGCAAGAGUGGUCCCAUGCGCAGAUCCAGCUCACUUUACAUUCUAACAUCUUAUGUUAAUAGGAAAAUGGUAGUGAAAAUUCUGUUUGAUAUUAAUGUGCAUUUGCUGCUGUGCUAUUGAGCUGCUGUUUUUUAAAUAGGGGUGGGAGGAAGGAGGGCAAACAAAAUUUAUCCACAAAAAGCCAAACCCCCCACUGGCCAUGGCAGCAGCUUCUCAGUGAAGACAAGCUAAGGCUGGAUGGGUUGUGUUCUGUUUUGCCUCUUGUACUCCUGCAAGAGGCUGCCAGCAACCCCCCUGAGGCAACUGACUACGAAGCAGGCCACAGCUGCUCAGCACAAUGUGACCAAAUUUCUGGAAUGAAGAAGGUAAACUACCAGUACUACAAUACCAGUCAUGGUAGUCAUGGAUCACAGCACUGCACCUGCAAAAAUCUCUGCUUUCUACUGUCCCAAGAUCAUCACUGAUCUCGGAGAUUCUGGAUCACACUGAAGCUGGGAUAUGAAAAGUGUUCCAUGAGUACAAAAUUGUCCUCCUGAGAGGAGCAAAGUUAAACUCUGCUUUUUUUUCCAUGAAGUCCCUGUAUGUGGUGAGUCCCUGCAAGACAAAGGGGAAGGACAAUGCUCAUGCUGUGUAUGGAACCUCACAGGGGGAAUUACUGGGUUACAUGUGGCUUGUGAAUAAAGAAGAUUUCAGUUACAGUAUUACUUUUCCUUUUGCUUCACAAAUAUCAAAUCUCAAAAUUUUUUUAAGUAAUCAGUAACUAUUGCAUGAAACAUAUCUCAGGUGAUGAAAAGUGUCUCUCAUUAGGCAAGUGCAAAAGCUAGAACAAAGAUACUACCUUUAAACACCUAAAUCCAAGAAGCUGAACCUCAGAGGUGAGACACAGAACUGGACCAAACACUCAUUUAAACCCCCUUAUAACCCAUGGUCUUCCUCUUUCCAAAACUGGAUAGCAAUAGCUGCAGCUGCCCCACAGAUACAGCUGUCUGGGGAUAAAGUGAACUGUCCCUGGCAGGGGCCAACUGGUGUCACCUCUGUAACACUGCCUGAACCUGAAGUGCAAGUCUCCAAGAGCCACUGUCCUGCUGCAGCCCUGCCCACUAUCAAAAAGUAAGAAUCUAUAAUGUAUUUUGCCUUAAAAGCUUUAUUUUGGUGUUCUUCCUGGUACACACCACUCAGCUUACAAACUGAAUGCCAAGUGCAUGUUACCUUUCUCUUGACAGCUGGUGUUUACCUCUCCUUCUUUCACUGAUGGUGUUUUAUUUCUUCCACUUGAUUUCACUGCAUUCUAUAAAAAACAGAAUGGGUUUUGAACUAAUGGCAGUUUGAACAUUCCUUUCAACAUGUGUACUGGGUGUGUAUGCAGCAUAUAUUGCCCCAAUUGAUGAAACCUGUCAAACUGAUUUACAGAUUGUUUCUAAUGUGACUGCAAGACAUGGUACAGAUCACAGUAGGUCCUCUGAUGCUUCUGUCCCUGUUUUAUUACUGAUACAAUAAUAAAAAGAUCUUUUCAUUUUAAACUAGA